AUGAGGCGGGGAGGCACGCUCUCCCUCGCGCGCCCGCAGCCACUCUCGCCGGAGGAGUCGCUCCCCCCUGAAGAGUCGUUCUCCUUCGCGCGCCCGCAGCCGCUCUCGCCGGAGGAGUCGCUCUCCCUCGCGCUCGAGCAAGCGGCGCCGCUCUCUAUCGCGGUCGAAUGCACGGCACCACUCCCUCUCGCCGCCACCCAGGCAGAGCCAGCGCCGGGAGUACUCCUUGAAGUCCAACCCGCCGCGUGGCCUCCCGCGCGACCACCGCGGCACCGGCAACGAGCGCGGCUGGGAACCACGCCGUUCAAUCCCCGUCGCCUUCCACCGCGCGGGCCGCCCAGGCGCUGUAGGGGCCGUCCCAGCAGCCGAGAGGUUAACCAGAUGUCGAAGGUGAUAAAGAGAGUCCGUAAGAGAGUUACGGACAAGGUAUCGGGUCAAGUGUACGCAGGGCCAGGCCCGGGAGAGUUGUCGAUGAACAAUCGCGCAGUGAGGCUUCGGCAGAAAGUCAUAAGCGUUCUUCGUACUCUUGAUUCUGGAGUGAUUGCGCUCGAACCGGACGUAUUUCCGAACGGUUUCCGGGCAACACAACCAGACGUUCACACCGGUCGGCGUAGGGAGUUGCUGACCGAUCUACUGCACGAACACCUGCUGACACACAACCGAAUUACUUCGGCCGACAGCCUACAAGUGUAUCGCAUAGCAGGACAAGUAGUAGACACCCCACGUGACAGUGUAACGGCUACCGACUGGCUGCGUCUCAUUGUGCGCGAACAUGCCUUGACGGGGGGCGCGGUUGAGUAUGCUUAUGCCGCGUUGCAGUCUAUGGUACUUGGUACGCCCGAAUCCAUGCCCACCGCCGCAGCCCGCGUAUUAGCAGCCUUCCGCGCCACAUUGGUAGAUCCUGACCGGCCCCACGUCACUGAACAGCGUUUUUUCUGGCGGUACAUCUCGGCAGUGCAGAUGAUAGCCUUGUUCGAAGGCGUCACGGAGGUACUCCUGCCGAAUCCGGUUGACGGAGCCGGGGUCAACGGGCUGCUACAUGAACGCACACACUCUAUCAGCACCACCCUGCAGAAGUUGCGUCAAGAGUCUCAUAACCCCAUGGGACAUCACAUGCGCCACCGACGCACGGUAGCUGAGGGCCUGUUCCACGAGUUUGUAGCCGUUUUGAGCGCGCGUUCCAAGCCAUACAUGACCCCGCCUACGCCCCGCAAACCGACCGGCGGGCAAGAUCGCCUCUGUGCGGCUAACCCCACACCUCGCCGCAUGUCGAUGCCUGAAUAUCGACAGCUAUUCACCGCAGAUAGCUUGGUGUCGUACAACAGUUCGACGAUACCACUCACCUCGUCGGGAGGCAGCGUGCCCCGCCGGCCGCCGCCUCCCACCGGGCUAAUCUCUGUUGCCGCCGUAGCGCCGCCCGUUGCUGCCCCAGAAACCCCUUCGUCGGUUGCCGUCGCAGCGGCCAGCACGCCCGGCCAGCACGGUGUUCCUUUCACGGACAGAGUACCGUCAUCGACGGCCGCACCAGCGACAACGCCACCAAAGGCCACCACUCCGGCCACCGCGGUGACACACCCAGCGGUGACUGCACCCCGGUGGCGACCCGACCUACUGGCAGCGUCAUUCUACAAAGACGUGCCACGUCCGGCGAGCCGUGGCGCUACUCACACGCGCCGCGUCGUAGCCGCGUUGACGCCCGCCCAUUGCGAUACGGCCGUCGCCAUGUGCCUCGAGCUUCACGUGUCGGGCGAGCAUGAGGUGGCGAUGAUGACAGGGGACAUCCCGCUGGGGCCUCGGGAAGACGCCGACAUGUGAAACGAGGACGCGGGUCUAGCCAAACCGGGGCACCUUGCGUCCGCGAGGGCGGAGCACGGCGCCGGCGAUCAGUUGUGGAUACGUGGUGAGAUCGAACGAGUUGGGCGUAGACGUAAGCCGUACCCAGCGGAGAGUUUACUUGAUACCGGGGCGGGUGGGGGCAACUACAUUUCAUUAGAGCUGUGGUUUCGCGUACGUAGCUUAGCGAGGUGCAGGUUGGACAAAUGCUCGGCGGGAGCCUUGGAAGCAGCAAAUCCGUCGGAAAGCGGCGUGCCCCCGAUGCGCAUUUCAGGACAUGUCACGAGCCCAAUCCUGUCCAAAGCCGACUCUCAAGUACGAUUCGUCACGGACAGAGUAGUACCGGAUCUCCCGUAUGGUUUUAUCAUCAGAGCUAAAUAUCUGCGACGCAACAAGAGCACGCUUGAUUUCGGAGAAGGCAAAGGCUUUCAACCGACGCCUGACACGCCCUUCGUACCGUUUCUGUCGAGGCCGGUAGACCACCCUACCUAACCGUCACCGCUCUCAGCCGCACACGACCGCUUUGCUCUGUUGACAUGCGACCCGCAACGCGACACUAACCUGUCCGACAUAACCCCGCUGCCCGAGCUGUCCAGUUAUCGUGACGUCGCGUAGGAGGAUGACAGCACCCUGGAAUGGGACCUGGUGCUAGGCUCGCAGAUGUCGUCAGGGCUUACUACUAUCGCGAUGCAGACUGUAGCGAUAGGUCCUCAACCACAGGACAGGCAGCUGGUGAUGGUGUUGCCCGCGGAACGAUUCAAUCUAGAGAAGGGAGCCACAGCUGGGAUUGCACGUGCAGUGAUGUGGUGGACGCCGGGAACACCGGUGUACUGCAAGUUGGUAAACCGCGAUGCUCGUGUUGUCGAAGUCACUAUCGGUAGCAUUUGGCGCCAGGAUGAUCGCCCUCAAUGUCCGCGACCGUGGCCGUUUCGACUCUUUGUUCGACGAUACCCCGUCCACUGUUGACCCUCCACUCCCUGACCCGGUUGUUGUGCCCACCCGUGACACGAGCGACGAGACCUCAGCGGCCUCGCCGCCCACCGUACGAGCGGCCGACGCUCACAUGGGUCAGCUUGGAGCGCUACAGAAGCAGGAGUUGGUCGAGGUUUUGGCCAAGUUCGUAGAGGAAGGCCUAUUCCCGAUCGACCCCAAGCGAGUGGCAGCAUGCGG